AAACUUCAAGAAGAAGAGAAAAGGAGGGUUUUUAGGGAAGACCCAGGUGGUAAAACUUCAUCAAAGACUCAAGAGGAGAAAAGGAGGGGCUUUCGAGAAACCCAGUUGGAUUUGAGGUGAUUUUGGCGAGAAACAUAGGGAGGAAGAUAGAGGAAAAUGGGUGGUUGUGAGAGGAAUGGAGCUGUGAGGCAGUAUGUAAGAUCAAAGGUGCCUAGAUUGCGAUGGACACCUGAUCUACAUCACUGUUUUGUACAUGCCAUCGAAAGGCUUGGAGGCCAACACAAUAGUAGUACCCAUCGGAAAAAACAAUAUCUCGAAGAUCAUCAAGGUGGGUGCGUUGAUCAAGAAAAUAUUGUGGGUUAUCAUCAAUCUCUGAAACCCGUUAUAGAAUCAGAUUCUAAGUUCAUAUCCGGUCCUCUAGCAACAAAAAGUGCUCGAAUCGAGAUGACGAGUUGUAUUGCUGAGAAUCUGCAGUGCAGCCAAAUAAUAUCUGAGACGGUGACGAAUCCGUACCACUUUGAUGAUUAUGUGCAGACUAUUGUUGAGAAAAGUGGCAUAAAGGAGAGGGAAAAGAGGGGUUUCAGGUGGCAGACCCACGAAGAAGCUCCAAUGUCUAGAACAGCCUUCUCUCUGCCACAUGAUCUCUUACAUAUCCUCGGUCCUGUUCGCAAAGGAGGUCCAGUGGGAGAAUCUGAUGGCCUCAAGCUUUUGGAACGUGGUCUGGUUGAGAAUAAUGUUAAUCUUAUAGGACAGUCCUAUAAGUUUCAACUGUACUCAUGUGGCAUGCUUUUUCUUUGUCUAAAUUCGCUGGAGGGUGCUUGCAUGACCCAACGAUACAUGGGGAUCUAUGCCUUAUCGAUUGCUGAGCAAGAAGGUCAAAAACAUUCGCCAUCAAAGAAAAGAAAAUUUGAUCACUCGGGAAAUCGCCAUGAUGAAGAUGAAGAAGCCGAUGCUUGUGGGUUGUCAUUGUCACUCUCGCUGCAUCAUCCCUCUACUCAGAGAAGUAAUGGUUCAUCUACAAGUGAGAUCACCGAGGCAAUCUCAUCAUACUCUAGGUCUAAUUUAAGUGACUGUUCUGGUUCUUCUUUGGAAAAGCAUGGCCUUAACUUGAAUCUGCCUAUUGCUCUAUAUGGUACCUAG